AUGCCUCGAGCCCGGCCCAUCAUUUUGACGGCGAUGCGGGCUGGAAUGCUGAUGCGGGGCGCAGCCGAGCUCUCAACGAGCGCCGUCCCUUUGCGAGCAGUUGUUGCCAAAAAUCCGGCCUUUCGCAUCACACGACAUGCCACGACAGCGUCCACAUCUGAUGCCGGACUUCCGACUAAAGAAAAACUGCUGAGCGUCGACUGGAUCGUCGAGCACCAGCUGCCCGGGCUCUUCAAGCAGCCCCUCACAGCCUUCAUGAACGCCUGCGAUCGGAACAUUGCGCUAGAAGAUCGCCUCUACAAUUACAACCUGACCUCCAAGGAGAGUCUCUUCAAGCAUAUUGCCAAGCUAAGAAUUUAUUUCCGCUACAAGUUCCCGUUCGUCAAGGUCGAGCACAUCGGAUCUUGCAUCUAUGAGGGCGAAGAUAUGGUGACGAUACUUUGGCGCUUGACGUAUUUGAAGAGUUCAUUCGCGAAUUAUUUGCCAAGCUUUAUGACGGGACGGACGCAGCCGAUGACCGUCGAGGAGGGCGCUAUGGAUUUACACGUGCACGCCGAUGGGACGAUUUAUAAAAUUGUCAACCGCAAGUUGACCGCCGCGGAUCGCGAGGGCUCGAAUAUAAUGAAACAGCUGAAACUCGAGAGCCAAGAGGAGCGGACCGAGAAGAUGGAGCGGCACAUUCGAAAAGAGAUAAACCAGCAGCUU